ACGGUGUCCAAGAAGUUGUGGAGGAGCGACGCAGACAAUAGCCCCCGAGCCCCCUGUGUCUGAUUCUCGUCCAUCACCUCUGUCUCAUGCUGUCCUCCUCCACCCUGAGUCUCACACAGAGGAAAACACUCGGCUGAAACCACAUCAUGGACGAUCUGGAAGGGCCUGAGCCACCUAACUACCCUCUCAGUCCUCGUAUUGUUGUGUUUGACGCCCUUCUGGCUGAUCUGGAGAACACAGGUUCUCCUCUAGCUCGGUGUCCCGUCCUGCUCACCUCGGACCCCCCUCAAAAUGCGGAUCCUGUCACCCAGGACCCGGCCGAGGCCCGGCCACCGCCCCCUGCCUACACCCCCCAGCAGGUAGACCAUCAACAGGGACAAUUGACUGUUUCUGGUGCAAUCAAGUCCUCCCAGAACUCCAACCCAGACAAAUUAUACAGCACAGUGUGUAAACCGCGGUCUCCCCGCACAGCCGACCCUCCUCCGGCCUUCUCCUCCUCCUCGCUGUUGGGAGGAGGUCUGAGUGAACUGGACCAUCUCCUCCAGGAGCUCAACGCCACCCAGUUCAACAUCACAGACGAGAUCCUGGCUCAGUUCCCUUCUUCUAAGAAAGAUGACAGGGACAAGAUUAAGGACAAAGCCACAGCCUCCUCCUCCAGCUCUGCGAAACCUUCAGCCACAUCAGCCACUCUGGAACUGGAUAAACUCAUGGCGUCUCUGUCGGACUUCAGAGUCCAGAGCACGCCAGCUGCACCCGUCGUCAGUCCAGUGGUGACGGCCCCGUUGCAGCCCGCCGCCACCACCCCCCCACAGCCCUCCUCUGGCGGCUCACUGGACAGCAUGCUGGGGCUGCUCCAGUCCGACCUGACCCGACAGGGCGUUCAGACGUCCUCCAAGGGAAACUGUUCAGCCUGUCAGAAGCCGGUAGUAGGACAGGUGGUGACGGCUCUGGGGAAGGUGUGGCACCCCGAGCACUUUGUGUGCACCGAGUGUGAAGCGGAGUUGGGCAGCCGCAACUUCUUCGAGAAGGACGGACGCCCGUACUGCGAGUCGGACUACUUCACACUCUUCUCUCCUCACUGUGCGCAGUGCAACAAGCCCAUUCUGAACAAAAUGGUCACCGCUCUGGACAAGAACUGGCACCCGGAGUGUUUCUGCUGUGUGAAAUGCAGCCGGGCGUUUGGAGAGGAAGGUUUCCACGACCGUGAGGGGCAGCAGUACUGUCAGCAGUGCUUCUUGACCCUGUUCGCUUCUCGCUGUCAAGGCUGCACUCAGCCCAUCAUGGAAAACUACAUCUCAGCCCUCAACUCUCUCUGGCACCCGCAGUGCUUCGUGUGCAGGGAGUGCUACACCCCCUUCGUCAACGGCAGCUUCUUCGAACACGAGGGCAAGCCGCUGUGCGAGGCCCACUACCACCAGUCCCGUGGCAGCAUGUGUCAGGCCUGCCAGCAGCCGAUCCUGGGCCGCUGCGUCACCGCCAUGGGCGCCAAGUUCCACCCCCACCACCUCGUGUGUCACUUCUGCCUGAAGCCUCUGAGCAAAGGCUGCUUCAAGGAGCAGGAGAACAAGCCCUACUGCCACCCCUGCUUCAUCAAACUCUUCGGUUGAGGACACAGCAGGACUUUGCCCACUUUUCCAUCCUCAGGGUUAGAGAGGCGGUGUGACUCUGAAUUCUCAGUGUGUGUUUUUUACUGUGGGAAUGAGGGUGGAGCUGGUCUCUUUGUUGAUUUUAAGAAUAUUUUGGAAAGGAAAGAAUCGUCCAGCCCGACUUCUUUCUGCGUUCAGACUUACAGGAUGACAUUUAACUCUCUUAUUGCUUAGACACGUACAAAACAAUGCCAAAUGAUCUUUUUCAUGUAUGUGAAUCUUUUGCAUACUGUAUUGAUUCAAAUUGAAUAUAUUGAGAAUUGAAUUCUUUUGCCAAAGGUAGAAAAACAGAAUGAGAACAAAUGUACUGUUGCAGUGAAAUACUUUGUACUGUUGUGCAAGGACAUCCCCCUUUAAUAUAUUUGCUUUGUAUUGGAAAAAGGAAAAGUGUCGAGUAAGUGUCGCUGCAGUUGCUUUUUAUAUAUUGAAUGCUGAUCGCCAUGUUUAUGUUUUUGUGUAACAAAACAAAGCUGUCAUAUGUUUAAAAUGUGCAUUAUUCUUUCACUUUUGCUCUAUGCAAUACGCCAAAAACAAUUCCAAAGAAUAAAAAAUAAAGGAGAACACAACUUG